CUAUACUUUUAAAGCCUAUUUGCGCCAACACUCACUCUCUCAAUGGCCGAAACAAAUGCAGCAGUCAAUCAGACAAAAAUUCAUCCAUAUUACACACCACAGGUUGACUCAAAUGGCUCCUCCAUAAACGCUGAUGGCUCAUUCUCAGGAGUAGAUGAUCCCAUUCCCAUCAUAGACUACUCAAUGCUCACAUCUGAUGACCAUAAUCAACGGUCUAAAACCAUGCAAGACCUCCAAAAUGCGUGCCUAGAGUACGGUUCUUUUAUGGUGAUUAAUCAUGGAAUGUCGGAUAGCUUGAUAAGUAGCGUACGAAGCAUUAGCCAAAUUCUUUGAUCUGAAUGAGGAGGAGAAGAAAGAGUAUGAGUCAAAUGAUCCAAUGGAUAGGAUCCGCUGGGGCAAACGGGACAAUGACUUAGUCAGCUCAGAGUUCAUCAAGAUGGCCGUACAUCCUACCUUUCAUUGCCCUACCAAACCUACGGGUUUAACUGAGGUCUUACAUGAGUGUGUCAAAAGAUUGAGAGAAGUGGGAAUCCAAUUACUUAGAGGGAUAUCAACAACCUUGGGGUUUGAAGAAUGCUACAUAGAGAAGAGAAUGAAGCUAGAAUCAGGCUGCGACUUUAUUACACCAAAUGAUUAUCCACUCCAUCCGUAUUCUGAAAAUCAAUUAGGUCAGGCUCCUCAUUAUGACCCUGGGCUCCUAAUCCUUCUCCUACCAGGUUUAAGUAAUGGUCUUCAGCUUGAGCAUCAUGGGAAAUGGAUUAAUGCAAAUCCUCAACCUAAUUCGAUUGUUGUCAGCAUUGCUGACCAAAUUGAGAUUCUAACUAAUGGGAAGUAUAAGAGUGUCUUCCAUCGAGUGGUGCUAAACAACAAUGUAAGGAGGAUAAGCUUACCACUGUUUAUUGGACCAUCAUUGGAUACUAUGGUGAGCCCUCUGCCAGAGUGUGUAGACGAGCAUCACCCCCCAGCAUACCUUGUGAAGACUUAUAAAGAGUUAUUGGAAGCAAAUCAGUACCACGAAAUUGAUGUAAAAUCAUGCUUGAAGAAUGUUCGACUUUGAAAGACUACGUGUUGGUUCCUAGAUCACGUAGCUCCUUGGAGAUAACCCGUUUGCCUAAUAAGCCAUGCAAGCUGAAUUUGCAUGCAAAUUAUGUUUGGUGAUUUGUGUUAAUGUUAUUUUCUAUUUUCUUGUUCUGUACGUGUGUUGCUUUUAUGAGAUAAAUAAGAAUUACCUAUGUACCUUGUCUUGAAA